GCAAACAACUAAAUACGAGAUAGCUAGAAAGAGAAAAGAGAGAGAGAGAUCGUUCUUCUUUUAUUUUUUCCUUUUUUUUUGUGGUUAGCUUUGUCCUCGCGUGGCUUUAAAGACUUUCUUCUCUAUACUCUCCUCUUACCAAACCCUAAUUCUCCUCUCUUGAUUCCCUUUUCUCAAAUAUUCAUCUCUUCUUUAAACAAUACCAAACUUAAAUCUCAAUACAUUUUUUUCUCAACACCCUAAACAAAAGAGAGAAAGAGAGCAACAACUCGUUCAUUGUGUGAGGGUGAUCAUGAGCGGUGGUGGGAACACAAUCACUGCCGUGGGAGGCGGAGGUGGUGGUUGUGGUGGAGGAGGAGGUAGCAGCGGGGGUGGAGGAAGCAGUAGUGGCAGUGGGGGUGGCGGCCCAUGUGGUGCUUGUAAGUUUCUAAGGAGAAAGUGUGUGCCGGGAUGUAUAUUUGCACCCUACUUCGACUCCGAGCAAGGCUCAGCUUAUUUUGCAGCGGUGCAUAAAGUGUUCGGAGCCAGUAACGUCUCGAAGCUUCUUUUGCACAUACCAGUUCAUCGAAGGUCCGAUGCUGUCGUAACUAUUUGCUAUGAAGCUCAGGCUCGGAUAAGGGACCCUAUCUAUGGUUGCGUCGCUCACAUCUUUGCUCUUCAGCAACAGGUGGUGAAUCUACAAGCAGAAGUUUCUUACUUACAAGCCCAUUUGGCAUCACUAGAGCUACCUCAACCACAAACACGGCCACCGUCUCUAUCGCAGCAGCAACCGCUCUAUUUCGCACCUCCUCCGCCUUUCUCCAUAACCGAUAUACCUGCAUCAGUCUCACCCUUACCCUCAACCUACGAUCUAGCCUCCAUCUUCGAUCAAACUACACCGUCUUCGGCGUGGGCCACACAACAACGAAGGUUCGUUGAUCCACGCCAGCAAUACGGUGUAUCAUCGUCAUCUUCGGCCGCUGCCACCAUAGGCCUCGGUGGUGAAAACAGUGACCUUCAAGCAUUAGCACAUGAACUCCUCCAUAGACAAGGAUCUCCUCCGCCCGCAGCAACCGACGAUUCGCCGUCUCGGUCUAUGUCUAGAUGAGUUGGUUUUGAAUCUUUUGAUCGUUACAUCUACCUGUUUGUUAUUAGGAAAAUUAAAUUACUACUCAAUAAAAUUUAAUUUUCUUCGAAUAUUAUAAGGAAAUGUUGAUUAUAAUUUGUCUAACAUUUACACUGUAUUUUCCAAACUUGUUCUGGUGACUAUAUCUUAUUUGCCG